AUGCUUUGCACGGCACGGAGAAUAGCAGCACACCAGCUGCGGGGGAGAAUCGCGCAGCGCACCACCUCCCCCGUUGCAUUCUUCAGCCCCGCCGCACUCCGCCGGCUCGCCUCGACCCUCGCCGUCCUCGAGCAGAAGGAGGGGAAGCUGAACCAUGGCUCCCUAAGCGCCAUCACAGCAGCCCAGAAGGUCGGUGGUCCGGUCCAUGGCUUCGUGGCUGGGAGCAACAUCAAGCCGGUGGCAGACGAGGCCGCAACCGCAGACGGCGUGGAGAAGAUACUUGCAGUAGACAAUGGUGCUUAUGAUAAGGGCCUCCCCGAGAACUUCGCCGACCUCCUCGUCGAGAACAUCAAGAAAGGAGGCUACACACAUGUCAUCGCAGGCCACACAGCAUUCGGCAAGAACCUCCUGCCGCGCGUGGCCGCCCUACUCGACUCGCAGCAGAUAUCCGACAUCACCUCCAUCGAGAGCGAGAACACCUUUGUGCGCCCCAUCUACGCCGGCAACGCCAUCGCGACGGUCGAGUCGACAGACCCCGUGAAGAUCAUCACCAUCCGCGGCACCGCCUUCGCGCCCGCCGAGCUCGGCAAGGGCUCCGCGGCCGUCGAGGAAGGCGCCGACCCCAAGACCGCGAGCCCCACCGAGUGGGUGUCCGAGGACCUCGCCAAGUCCGACAGGCCCGACCUGGCGACGGCGGGCAAGGUCGUGUCGGGCGGCCGCGGGCUCAAGUCCAAGGAGGAGUUCGACAAGGUGAUGCAGCCCCUAGCUGACACCCUCGGCGCCGCCAUCGGUGCGUCCCGCGCGGCCGUCGACAGCGGGUACGCGGACAACAGCCUGCAGGUUGGGCAGACCGGCAAGGUGGUUGCGCCACAGCUGUACAUGGCUGUCGGCAUCUCCGGGGCCAUCCAGCACCUGGCUGGCAUGAAGGACAGCAAGGUGAUAGCUGCGAUCAACAAGGAUGCGGAUGCGCCCAUCUUCCAGGUCGCUGACGUCGGGCUCGUGGGUGACCUUUUCGAGAAGGUGCCCGAGCUGACGGAGAAAUUGAAGGAAUAG